AUGGCGGAUGCUGUAGUCCAACUCCGAUGUGGAGUGAAGAAUGAUGACUGGGGAAAAAAAGGAAAGGAGUCUGUAGUGGCUCAGUUGUGGUCUAAGACUCCAGGCUCAGGACAGAUCGAUGAAUCUCAAACAUACUCCGAGAUGUGGAUGGGAACAUAUCCAUCCAACCCAAAUUAUCUACUUUCUACCGGUGAACAACUUGGAGAUUACUUGAAGAAAAACCCCCAGCUAGUGGGUAAAUCAGUCCUAGAUCGAUUUGGACCAGAAAUCCCAUUUCUACCUAAGAUCUUAUCAUUCAAUAAAGCAUUGCCGCUGCAAAUCCAUCCUGACUUGACACUUGCCGCAAAGCUACACGGAGAAGACCCUAAGAAGUACGGCGAUACCAAUCACAAGCCCGAGAUUGCUAUUGCGUUGUCCAAGUUUGAGCUGUUCGCAGGCUGGAAACCACUCAAAGACAUCCAAACAUUGUUCAAACUUAACCCGCUGGAGAAGUUUGUUCCACCGGGAGAGUUCAAUGAUGAAACGCUUCGACAGGUGUGCAUUAAACUACUCAGUGUACCCCCAAGCACGGUCGCAACGACCAUCAAAGAACUGCAAGCAAUUCCCGAGGCCCAUUUCGGACCGGAUCCGUACAUCCCAGGUCUCUUAGACCGACUCAGCAAGCAAUACACUGAAUGCGACAAUGGUAAUCUUGUCGCAGCUCUACUCAUGAAUUAUCUGACCCUAGGACCUGGGGACUCAGUCUUCGUCCCAGCUGACAGCAUUCAUGCAUAUUUAGAAGGCGAUGUUGUUGAAUGCAUGGCCCGAUCAGACAAUGUUAUCAACACUGGCUUUUGCCCAGCUACGGAUCGCGAUAGCGUCGAGCUUUUCGGAAAAGCGCUGUCAUUCAUCCCACAUGAUGCCCAGGGUGCUCUCCUACCUCGGAAGAAGAGCGACAAGGGAAUGUACGGCAAGACGGACGUCUACGCGCCCCCGAUAAGUGAAUUCGUAAUCUUGUGCACUUGUCUAGGGGCGGGCGAGAAGGAGACGCACAAAGCCAUUCUCGGUCCUAGCUUGAUGAUCGUAACGAAGGGGUGCGGGACCAUGAAAAUCCCUGGGAAUCAAAAGGUCGAACUGAAAGAGGGAUAUGUGUUUUUUGUUGGGCAGGGUGUUGCGUUGGACUUUGGCACCGACAAGGGGCUGGCGGUCUACCGCGCAUACGCGGAAUAA